CAGAUAAGAGGGACCUUUCCGAUAACUAUUUUGUGUAGAUAAUGACUGUCGCUUCUAUGCAAAUUAUGUACCAUUAUCUUUGUAGCGCAAUGCAGUUUAUUACAAAAAUUAUAAUUUUUUACGUGUUGGUAGACGCAUUUGAGUGCAUUCAGGAUUCAGGCAACAGGAAGUACAAACGAGCGACAAGUCAGAAUCGCCACAGCAAGUGUAUCCUUCCAUCGCAUCCUGAAUUUGGUCGAUGGAACAUUUAUGACGACGAUUCUUCUGAGUUGUCUCCUGGACAAAGAGUACCACCACGAACAGUUCUGGAAAUAACUUGUCAAGAAAAUUACACGCUAGAUAGCUCCGACGAGUUUUACACAUGCAUUCGAGGAAAAUGGACACCCAGAAUCGGGAAAUGUUUAAGAACAUGUAGUACAUUACACAGUACUGCGCUUAUGAGAGUAAAUUGCAAACUUGGAGGCAAUACGCUAGAUUCGUGUGGUAGUGUGGUCGACGGAACGGUCGCACAAUUUCAGUGCGCUCCCUUCUAUGAGGUCCCGAGGGAGAGGGAACCAUACCGGUUGUGUUCGAACGGGAGUUGGGUUGGCAAUUUGCCGACGUGUGUGCCAGUGUGUGGUAAACCUUACAACGAUCGCACUUUAAUCGUGGGGGGCUCCGAAACGAAAAAAGGGGAUUAUCCCUGGCAAGUAGCUCUGUACAGAGCAACCGAUAAAGAACUGCUGUGUGGAGGAAGUUUACUAAAUCAAAGAGUUAUCGUAACGGCGGCACAUUGUAUAACAGACGAUGAAGGCAAUCUGCAACCAGAACAAAAGUACAUAGUGGCAGCGGGAAAAUAUCAUCGGAAAUAUAAUCACUCUAAAGACAAAGACGCACAAUUUUGUUCUGUGCACAAGAUGUUUAUUCCCAGACAGUACAAAGCAUCUCUUCAGAAUUACCGCGCCGAUAUCGCCCUAAUAGUAACAAAAAACCCGUUCACUCUCUCCGAAAACGUGCAACCUGUGUGUGUUGUAUGGCAAGAGAGCAUCCACGAAACGUUGACAGACCCUGACAGAACGAAAGACGCUUACGUCAGCGGCUGGGGUUAUACUGUGGAAUUUAAAAAAGUUUCUCCGGUUCUUAAACACUUGAAAGUACCUCUUGUUAGUGAAGAAGAGUGCACCAAGAGAUUAUCUCCAGAAGAUUUAGAGUUUUUCACCGACGACAAGAUAUGUGCUGGCUAUAUAAAUUCGAGUAGUUCGGCAUGUAAAGGUGACAGUGGAGGUGGUCUGGUUACUUUGUACGAGAAUCGUUACCAUAUUAUCGGAAUAGUAAGUAUUUCUCCGAGAGGGAGUACCGCACAUGGUGGUUGCGACAGUCAACAUUUCACUCUCUACACAAAAUUUUCCGAAUAUAUUGAUAAGUUUAUAUACGAACAAGAGGCACGAUUUAGACCAAACGCGGACUACAAGGUAGAUGAUAGUUGUUCCAUUACAGUGACAAAUGGUACACCUCCAACGAUAACACCUGAAAAAAUUCAGAUUUCACCCUUCUAUCCUAAAAGUAGUCACUGCGUUUUGCCGCUGCACCCACGGUUUGGAAAAUGGAUCAUCCCCUUUGGAUUCGAUGAACAUCAAACCAGAUCAUCAGUACCGUCGGGUACUACUUUGGAAAUAGAAUGUGACAGCAAUUUUACGCUAAUUGGCCCAAACGAACUAACUUGUGAAAAUGGUACUUGGUCCGACGACGUGACUCAAUGCACGAAAAUCUGUCCCUCCUUGUUUGAUACACCGACUACCAAAGUAACUUGUUCUUACAACAACGCCGUAAUUGAAGACUGUACACAAGCCGUCGAAGGUACCAUUGCCAAAUUCCGAUGUUCUCCAUUCUAUGAAAACCCGCAACUAGAAAACAGACCUUUCCGAAUUUGUACUAGUGGUACUUGGGAUGAAGAACAGCCUUAUUGUCAAGCGGUUUGCGGUAAACUGCCAAUUUCAAGCACGAAUUCGACUCUCGAUGAGGUACUAAUGCCAAGAAAUUAUCCUUGGCAGGUGGCUUUAUUCGCUAAAUAUACAGCAGAUCAUUUUUUUGCCAGUGGAACACUUUUAAGUCGAAAUAUUGUUUUAACUGCUGCACAUGUUAUUACGGACGCCGAUGGCCAACCAUAUCCUGCGAGAGAUUUAACUCUGGCUGCUGGCAUGAUGUACACGUUAUUAAAUGACAGCAGAGAAACUUAUGCCCAAUAUUCAAAGGUUCGGGCCGUGUUUAUAUUCGGACAGUACAGAGGAAUUGAAAAUGUCCACCAGCACGAUAUUGCAAUUUUAGUUGCAAAGGAAGCUUUCGUUCUUUCGUCGCAAGUCCUCCCUGUGUGUCUAGAUGUUGGACAGAAUUACAAGUAUUCCGAGAAUCAAGAGCUUUAUUACGCACUUUGGGCUACCGAGAACACGACUCUUUCAAAUGCAGCAUGGGGCAAGAAACUUUCUUCAUUGUCCUUGUCAGCUUGCCGAGAUAAAACGGCUGAACGUUAUAAAAGCAUUUUAACGUCAGACAAAUUGUGCGGACGCCUUUUGAACGAAGAUAACAGAUAUCACAUACACGUCGGAAGCGGUGUAAUGCAGAAACAAAGCGACAGAUAUUAUGUUGUGGGCGUUACGUCCUGGAACGUUGAUGAUAAAUCCUACAAUUAUUCAGUUAUAGUUUACACGGAUGUUUCACAGUAUAUAGAUUUUAUUGUGAAAUAUAUAGCCAAAUACACGUAAAAUAGUCUGCGAAUGAUGGAAAUAUUACAUUUUGAAAAUUUAUACAAAAAGUAAAGACUCCUCUGAAGUUGGAGCGUGAUUAGAAAUCCGACGUGCUAGUGAUCAUUAUUUCAAUAAUUUCUUAAAAAACUUUAGUAUUAAUAUCACAUCAAAACUUAUUUAUUACAUUACAGGCCAAAGAAACUUUCAUUUUGUUAAAAUGAUUGAGAUUGUUCAGAUCACUUAAUUUUGGUGUCAUUCUUAUUCGAAAUUAUCUUGAAAUUUCACAAAAGCCUCAAUGUAUUUAUGUUAAUCUCAUUGCUUGAUAAUGCACAUUUAUUAACGAAUUCGUCCGGAAUUAUAAUAAUUUUGUUAUUUACUAAGACAUACCUAAAAUUUUUUGUAAAUGUGAGAAGGAUCUGCCAUGAAAUAUAUAUUCUUUGAUUCAUCAGCUGCCAUAUUGUGAUAUUUAGAAUAUUUAAAUCCGUUUCCACCGCCGCCGAUAUUACACCUGUUGCGAUAACCAGAGAGUGGUCAUUGCAGAAAAUUUUUCUAAGUUUCAUAUCUUAUACCAUACCACUCCCACUGACCGCCGAUUGGUGAAUAGUAUCGAAAUUGGUACUAUUCCCAACCGGUUUAUGGUCAGUGGCAGCACCACCUGGUACGACCCUACAUUUUGUCUCAACUGGAAAUACUGGAUUCACGAGUUUAUUGUCCGUCUUUCUCACGUCCUUGCUGUCGGGCACGCGCCAAGGUGGAAACUCCACUGGUGUGGUAAUAGUACUAGAAGAGAAGAUACGUAAGAAAUAAUUUGGAAAAACCCACGAGCCAAACGGUAAAACCAACUUGACCUUUCUAUUGCCAUUAUCGCUCGAGAUAAGUUGUGAACGAAAACCUAAAUAAAACAACCACUUCCUGCAGAAAAUUUCAUGGUGGGUGCUGGUAUCAUGUACAGCAUGUUAUAUUAAAUGACAUUAGUGAAAUUUACGCUCAAUAUUCUAAGGUACUGCUCACUGUUGACGAACAACAACAACGAAGUAUUAUUUUAGGUGCAGGCCGUGUAUCUACCUGAACAGUAUCAAGGAAAUGAGUACCACUCUGAUAUUGCAAUUUUGGUUGUAAAGAAAACGUUUGUUUUUUCGUCGCAUGUGCGGCCUAUUUGUCUAGAUGUCGAACAGAAAUACAAGUUCUCCGAGAAUCAAGAGCUUUAUGUGAAAUCUAUAGUUCCUGUACAUUCCGAAUAAAUUCUAAUUUUUGCCGUAUAUACAGGGUUAUACAAAUUCUGGGCUGCAGACAACACGACUCUUUUGAAUAAAGCAAGGGACAAGAAAAUAUCUGUAGUGUCUAUAUCAACUUGCCGAGCUAAUUCAAUACAUUAUAUGGCCGUCAUUUUGAAGAAGGAGACGAAUACAAAGGAAUUGGUACAUAUUAUCUUGUGGGCGUUAUUUCCUCGACGUUGGACAAUCAAUACAAAAAUUUCUCAGUCGCAGUUUACACGGAUAUUUCAAAGCACAUGGACUUUAUUGUAAAAAAAAUUAAAUUCAUUUAGAGUAUAGGAGUAUUUUAUGAUGUUGAUUAUUUGCUUUCAUUUUUGAAAUAUUACAUGAAUUUGGAGACUGAGGAUAUUUUCCACUUUAUUACUUUAUUACGAGGUAAACCCGUACUUUUUCAGUAAUUGUUUCGUCUGGAGUGAAAAUAAAUAUAUAAAGCUUUUUCUUUAAAAUUUUGUAUAUAUACAUAUAGGCGAUAUCCAUCACUUGUGAUAUUACAAUUAAUUAAACCGCAGUGCAUUUAAAAAAAAUUGGUCUAAAGAGUUUAGACAGUACUUCCCUCGCUGUCGGAA